AUGAAAACUCCGCCCACUCUGUCACAUUUCGAAGGGUGCCAAGGAGGUUGCCAGAAAGAGGACCAAGGAGGAGAAGGAGGACGAAAAGAAAGACUCGAAAGAAAGAGCACAGAAGAAAGUGAGCAGAAUGAAUGGGAAGGGGGCGUGGCAAUAAUCGCCGCCUCGGCCGCAGCUCAGCUUCACCUUCUUCUUCUUCAUCAUCUUGCGGACAGGUGA